UGGCUGCACCCUCAAGACUUCCCAGAAUCCUCUACUUCCGACAGGUGCCACGGCUCUCCGCCAAUCAGAAGGCGUAAACAAAGCCUUGUCCAAUCAGAGUGCAACAGGACAGCGAGGGGUGGGUAUCUACGCAUGCGCGUUGUCGCUACGGAAGACAUCGGUGUGUUGGUGUCGAUCGAAGAACUUCACCGUUGACAGGAGCUUCUGGUGUCGCGGAGUCUUGUUAAAUUCUGACCCAGUGCGGAGCUGCACCAUCAUGAUGUCCUACCAGUACCUCCUCCUGGUGCUCCUGGGUCUCGGAGUCUCAGCUGUUGAAGUCCAGCGCCCUCGCGGUGUCCCUCUAUCCAAACGGCAGUUCUAUGAAGAAGGCAAACCAUUCACUUGCCUGGACGGCUCCCGCACUAUUCCCUUCGAUAGAGUGAAUGAUGACUACUGUGACUGCGAGGACGGUUCUGAUGAGCCAGGCACUGCUGCUUGUCCCAACGGCAGUUUCCACUGCACCAAUGCUGGUUUUAGACCAGCCUUCAUCCCCUCCUCCCGCAUCAAUGAUGGGAUCUGCGACUGCUGUGACACAACUGAUGAGUACAACAGCGGUGCUGCCUGUCAGAACACCUGCAGGGAGUUGGGGAGCAAAGAGAGGGAGAUCAUGCAGAAGAUGGCAGAGAUUGCUCAGGAGGGAUUUCUGCUUAAACAGCAACUUAUCCAGGAGGCCAAGAGUGGCCUAGAGGAUAAGAAGGCCAAACUUGCAGAAGUUCAGGUCAGUAAGAAAGAUCUGGAAGACAGACUGGAGGCUCUAAGAACUGUAAAGGAGACUGCAGAGCAGCCUGAGAAAGAAGCCAAAGAGCGCCAUCUGAAGGCCUGGGAAGAUGAAAAAGCUGCCAUUCGCCUGGAGAAAGACAAAGCUAAAAUGGCUGAGGUGUUUCUUGAGCUGGAUGAUGAUGCAGAUGGCUUUGUCACAGUGGCUGAUCUUCUGUCCCAUUCUGAGCUCGACCCAGAUUCAGAUGGUUCAUUCACAGAAGCAGAAGCUCAGGGACUGUUGGGAGGAGUGGACAAAGUGGACACGGCAGCAUUUGAGUCUGUUUGGAAUAACAUCAAGGAAAAAUAUGUAUCAGAGUCCAAUGCAGACAUCCCAGCACCAGCGGAGACUCCACAGGAGGACACGAGGGAGCCAGACCCUGACAAUGACUCUGAGCCGUACCCUGAAGAUGACAUCCCAGAGGAAGACGACGAUGAUGAUGAAGAGGAUGACGAUGAAGACCCAGAUGAUGGGGACUAUAAGCAGAGCCCUCCUACAACACAGACUCAAGAAAAGAAGGAUGACGAUGAUGAGGGGACUAUGCCGCCCUACGACGAGCAAACGCAGAACCUCAUAGAUGCUGCUCAGAAAGCCAGGAAUGAGUUUGAUGAGGCGGAGAAAGCUCUCCGAGAAGUGGAUGAUCAGAUCAGGAACCUAGAGAAGGAAAUCUCCUUUGACUUUGGACCUGGUGCUGAGUUCGCCUACCUCUAUGGCCAGUGUUAUGAGUUGUCUACUAGCGAGUACAUCUAUAGGCUAUGUCCAUUUAACAGAGUUUCCCAGAAACCCAAAUAUGGUGGAUCAGAAACUAACCUAGGAUCAUGGGGGAAAUGGACAGGCCCUGAGGACAAUGUCUACUCUCUGAUGAAGUAUGAACAUGGAACAGGGUGCUGGCAAGGCCCUAACAGAUCCACCACGGUUAAGUUAACAUGUGGAAAGGAGACAGUUGUGGUAUCUACCUCAGAGCCCAGUCGGUGUGAGUAUAUGAUGGAGUUCACCACCCCAGCUGUCUGCCAGGAGCCCCAAAGCCUGUAUCCAGAGUCUCAUGGGCACACAGAGCUCUAGAUGCAUUCGAUUUGUUGUUCUUCGGGGACCACAGUCACUGCAGCAACGUGAAUUUGCCAUGCCGUAAGCAGCACCACCGUGGCUUCAGCUAACAAUCGAGGAUAAACGAUGGAAAUUCCAAUGAGUGGUUCUGUUGUCUACACAUCCAGUUUCCACUGCUCCCUGUUGUGUUGUUUCUCUGAUUUAUGUCCAAUAUAGUCAUUCCAAUGUUUUGAAAUAAAGUUGCUUUUAUCAUA